AUGUUAUCAAAAAAUUAAGAAAGACCAUUUAAAUAAGGAGGACUUUAUUCAUUAAAUUUAGGAUAAAAUAAUGGUCCUUAUUUGACCAAAGACAUUAUGAUAACUAAUUAAAAAAGCUUAUCUUUAUUAAAUUCAAAAGACAAUGUAACAAAGACUGCUGCUAACAUAUUAGCUAGCGUUGGAGAUAAUAUAGUUUACGGUCCAGGAGUAGUAUAAGAACCUCCAGAUGUUUUUGAUUAAAAAACAAUGACUUUUACAAAUUAUGACGAAAGAUAUUAAUGUAAAUUAUCAGCUUCAGAUAAUGUUAAAUCUACUAGCAAGUUUAAACAUGAAUAACUACUUGUAUUAUAAAAAUAAGCCAAAUAUUAUAAAUAGUUAGCUUAAGAAUAUAAGAAUGAUUUAGAAAAUGUAUAACAUUUAAUUCAUAAUAAUAAUAUAAAUAAUAUUAAAGAAAUAUAACCACUUAUUAAAGAAUUUUAAUUACAUUUAAAAUAAUUAUUGAACGAAGAAAAAAGCGAGAAUUAUAAAUUAUAAAGAGAAUUAGAAUAACUAAAUAGAGAUAAAUUGCAAUUACAAUAAUAAUUACUGUUUUGUAGCAAAAGAGUUUAGGAUUUGUAAAAAUAAGUUGGUAUUUAUGACGGCGAAAAUAAAAAAGAAAAAAAUUUUAGUGAUGAUGAAGAGGAAGAUGAUGAUGAUAAACUAAAAGAAUUUAGAACUCAAAAUAAAUACGAUCCUUAUUUAAUAAGAGAUGUUUUUAAUAGUUAUAUUGAACAUAUUUUUUAAGAAGGAAAAUAUAAAUAAAACGUUAAGCUUUCACAUAAAUACGAUGAUACAAAACUUUCUACUGCUGAAUUGAAAAUCGAAAAUUUUUUUGAUAGUGAUGGAUAUCUAUGUACUUCUACAGUAGAUAAAUUAGUUGAUUAAAUGAUAGAAAAUCUUAAGAAAAAAAAAUAAUGA